ACACUUAACUUGGUAGAGUUUGAACUCUCGACGUCUCAGACUCUCACGAUACAUCGUUUUGUUUAGUUUGCAGCAUACUAGGUGCUAAAACAAAACGAAUUCUGGCAUCUGGGGUCUCUAGACUCUAAAAAGUGUGUCCCUUUUUCUCAUGUCGGCGAUCUUCUGUAAUUCCGUUUCGUUUUCCUGAAUUUUUCAGAUAUUAUGGAUUUGAAUCAAUCUAUGCGGCUCCUGAGUUCUUGGAUUGCUCAAAUUGGUGUUUUAGGUCUUGAUUUGCUAUGGCGUUUCAUACACCUUGUUGUGAGCUUGUGCUACAUUGUCUCUGGUAUCAUUGAAGCAGUUGAAAGCUAUGCCAUAUCGUUAGGAUUGAAUAAAAAGUACAGUUCCAUCAAUAUUGAGAAACUCCGGUGUCUAGCUGUUGUGGUGGACAUUGAAGAAGCUAGAGAUGUUUCCAAGGUUAUUGAGCUUCUGCAAUGGCUAAGAACCAUUGGGGUGAAACAAGUUGGUCUAUUUGACUCCCAAGGUUUAUUGAAGAAAUCCAAAGAUUUGAUCCUUGGAACCGUCCCAGGUUCAGUGUUGUCAGAGGAGAUUGGUGAAAAGGAUUCUUCCCCUGACCAAAACCCCCUGGCAUUAGAAUUUAUUUCAUCUUCUGACAACAAAGAAGCUGUUAUGAAAGCAGCAAACAUACUUCUUCAGGACCACUUGAAAUCUAGUCGUCCCGAGAACGAUAAAGGGGAAAACUUUUUUACAGAGACUCAUUUGAACGAAGCACUAAGAGUUGUUGGUGAGAAUGUACAUGCACCCGAUCUGUUGCUUGUUUAUGGACCUAUAAGGAGCCACCUCGGCUUUCCUGCUUGGAGACUUCGAUACACUGAGAUAGUACAUAUGGGAUCUUUGAAUUACAUGAGAUAUGGUUCCCUUUUGAAGGCAAUUCACAAGUUCACAGGUGUACACCAAAACUACGGAACUUAACGGUGAUGAGAGAGCAGAGAGUUUCAGAGAUCAAUUUUUGGUUUGUGAUUUCCACAGUUAUCUAAAGGAGACAUUAUUGGAGAGCUAUUUGAUUCAGUGCUGCCGCAGUUGUUGCCAAUUUGUUCAAAUUGUGUUAUUACGGUUCUAUGUUACAUACACUCGGUACCCAAACAAUAUAUGCCUUGGCAUUGUAUAGGAUUUUUAAGUUUUCAACUGAAUGAAUAGUAACAAGGCUGGUUUUUCAUAAAGUUCCGGUAUGCUUAAUUAUCUUGGGUAACAAAAAUAAAACAUAAGAAGAUUUCAGACUGUUUCAGAGCCAACUAAAAAUGCAGCCUAGUUUUUUGUUUAGUAGACUGUAAACCAAAAAAAAAAAAAAAAA